CAAAGCCGUGCAACGAACGAACGAAAGGAAAGCAAGCACUGAAGAGCCCCAUCUUCUCUCGAGCAAGACUUUAACUCCGAGGCAUCAUGAAGACUCUGGCCCUCCUCUCCGUCUGCGCUCUCCUGUCGGUGUGCUGGUCCAUGGGAGCUGUGGACCCAGAUCAUUACGAGGAUCAUGUUCUUGACUAUGCUGAUGAAGUUGCACCGUUUGAUGCUGCACCCGCCGAUGCUAUGACCGCUGAUGCUGCACCUGCUGACGGUGCACCUGCUGAUGCUGCACCUGCUGAUGCUGCACCUGUUGACGACACACCUGUCGACGCUGCAGCUGCCGAUGCUGCACCUGCUGAUGCUGCACCUGCAUCCUCGUCCUCGUCCUCCUCCGAGUCCGAUUCCUCGUCAGAUUCUUCAGCAUCCGACUCCAACUCAAGCUCAGACUCGACUUCUGAUUCCAGCUCCUCAUCCGAGUCCUCCGAGUCUUCAGAGUCCUCCGAGUCCUCCGAGUCCUCAGAGUCCUCCUCCUCUGAAUCUUCUGAGUCUGACUCUGCUUCUGACUCUUCCUCCUCUUCAUCUUCCUCCUCAGAGUCAGUCAGUGUUGAAGUCCCAGCAGCUACUGAGGCCCCCGAGGUGAUCAUGAAGAGAGACCUGGCUGCUGUUCUCCUGAGGAGAAGAAGAGCUGCCCCAGGAGAACCCCUCAGCCCCCUGCAGCUGGAAAGCCUGAGGGAGGUUUGUGAGCUGAAUGACGCCUGCGACGAGCUGGCCGAGACUCAGGGCAUCGUAGCUGCGUACACCGCCUACUACGGACCUGUCCCCUUCUAAGCUGAUUUACGGACAGUUUUUUUUUUUUUUUUUUUUUUUUUUUAAUUAUUUGAUAAUAUUUGCAAAUGCAACAACUCCCCAAAAAUCUAGACACGGACCAGCAAAAGCAACAAAACACAAACACAGAGAAGAAGAAGAAGAAGAAGAAGGGGAUUGGCCCAUCCUUAUAUGCUAGAUGGAGAAUUUUAUAAGCUGCAAAUUAUUGUGCAACGGUCCUGUCUGCUAAAACUUUUGUCCAAACUUUCAGGGAGCAACGCGAGGAAAUCACUGUGGACAGCAGAAGCCCAAGCCAGUGUGAAUUAUUCUGGAUGUCCUGUAGACUUACACAAAUAAUGGUGCUGCAAAAAAACAAAAUGUAUUGUAUGUUAAUGUUAUAAUGUUAUUUGUCUUGCUCUAGGUUUCACUUUGCAUGUAGUUCUAAUGAGUAGUGGGUGUGUUAUUGGCCUGUUAGUGGUAGUGUGCCGGUUGUGUAAAACACACGUCAGCUCUUGCAUCUGUAAUGAUUGUAACCACAAAUUGCCUCUAGAUUUGAUGAAAAUAAAUUAUUGUGUUUUGUCGAA